AUGUGGCUGAGCGAUACCUCCGAAUGGACCACGAAUGCUCUCCUGUGGCAUCGGAGUCCGGACGUUGACCAGGACGGGCGGCCGUUUCCUCGCAAACUUGACCAAGGGGUUGGAGACGGAAGAAGCCGCCCUCGUCCGCAGGGAAUGGGCGUAAAAAAUGACCCAAAGCAAUCGGAGCAAGAUUUCGUCCGAGAUGUGAACAACCUUUUUCUCAAGUCGACUGCCUUCGCAACCAUCUUCGGCGCUUGGUUGACACUGCUCACACAGCCCCGGGGCUCUCUGCUCUACCGCAGGCCUGGGCCCUGGUUCUGGCGUCUGGUACCAGUCUACGGGAUCUAUGAGUGCAUUGUGAUAUCCCUCCUUGUACUAGCUGUUCUUCUCAAGGUGCGGAGCCUACGAGGGUUCUGCGCGGCUUGCAUGAUCUAUCGGGGUUCCAACUACCGACGCCAUAGUGGCAAGGCAACCACAGACAUUGUUCGCAUAAUCACGUCUCAGUCGGGGUAUCAGUCCGGUCGGUUAUUCAACACCACGACUACUGUCCCUGUUCGUCCUGCUCAAGACUUGCGUCGUGGAGGGGGCAGCGCCGGUGUUAGCGCUCUGCCUCGGUUUUGCUGA